AUGAGCAAUAAUAAAAGAUAAACAAUAGAAGAUGCUAUGAGAGCAGAGUAGAUUUCUUUUAGCCAAUCCUAAUCAUCUUAGUAAUCUAUGUAUCAAAACUACUAUGGAUAUAACUAAUAUAUGCCAUAUGGGUACUAGUAAAUGAUGCCAAAUCAAUAUUAAUAUAAUCAAUAUCAUCCAUAUAAUUAUCAAAUGUUACAAACCUAAUAACAUAACAAUCUCAUGGGUAAUCUAAAUAACAUUUACAGACCUUAGUAAUAGUAUCUCCAACAAUCCAAUCCAGCGUUGAAUUCACAAUAAAAAGUAUCCUAACCACUCUAACAAGUGAAUCAACAAUAGCCAUAGCAACCAUAAAAUAUUUAAUAAGUCCAAGAUUAAUAAUAAAAAAAUGUGAUGAACAAUAGGAUUGAGAAAGAGUAGAAUCAAUUUCUACCUCCUGUAGAUGUCUCAGAAUUGGAUCAACCUUCAAGAUGGGAUAAUGAGAUUAAGAUAUACUCCUACUUAUAUCGGAAGUUAAAUGUUGAAAUGCCUAAUUUAGUUAGUGCGAGAUUUUGUAAUUCCAGAGAAAUAUUUAACGAAUAAUCCUCUGUUACAGUGAAAUAGUAUGUAGAGAGGGCAUUUAAUAAAUGUCAAUCUGACAACGAACGAAAUCACAUGGAGCAAUAUUUAAAGGCUACAAUUGCAGAAGCCAAACGCAAAAAUGAAUACAGCAUAAGGGAUUGGUCUAAAUUUCCAUUGCCAACACUUCCUAGAGAGAAUUAAAUACGAACUUAGUCGUUAUUUUCUUAACCUCUCCAAAUAAAACAAAGCACAGCUAUGGCAUUGAAUUCAUUAGGCUAAACAAGUAAAUUUGGGGCUCCAAGUUAAGCCCAACCUAUUGGACCAGCGUAAAAAAUUACAGCAUCUACUAGUAUUUAAAAUUUGAUGUCUUUAAACGAUUAACUGAAAUAGUAAUAAGUUGAUACUUUAAAUCAACAUCAUAUGAAAAAUAAGAAAAUUGACUAUAGCAUCGAUUUGGCAAUGCUAUAAUUCGGGAAAUUACAGCCCAAUGCAUCAAUAUAGAUUAAAUAACAAUAAAAAUAGAUUAAAAAAAAAAUAGAGGAAGAAGACCAAUUUAUUUAAACUAAUAUGAAAAUUACAGGAACUUGUGAAGAUUUAGAAAAACCAUAUUAUAGACUUACUGGUUUGCCUGAUCCUAAUACCAUAAGACCUGAACACAUUUUAAAAAAGGCUUUAAAUCAUAUUCUGGAGAAGUGGAAGAACUAUUAGGCAGAUUAUAAUUUCACAAUAGAGCAAUUCAGAUCAAUAAGAUAGGAUUUGUUGGUUUAACAUAUAGAGAAUAGAUUUACAGUAUAAGUGUAUGAAGAAAAUGCUAGAAUUUGUUUAGAAUGUGGAGAUUUCCCAAGAUAUGAAAGUUGUUGGACUAUGUUGUGUGAUUUGUAUGACAUGAUAAGCAUAAGUGAAGGGAAGGAUGCCAAUUUCAUAGGAAAUAAAGUUGAAUUUGAUAGUUAUAGGAUUGUUUAUCUAACAAUGUUAAAUAAAUAAGAUUAAUUAGUCAAAAUAUUGCAUUAGAAUCCUGAUGAUUAGAGAAUUAAAUUUGCUCUUGGGAUAAGAGAAUCUUACAAAUGUGGAAAUUAUGUUAAACUAUUUAAGGAUUAUAAAGAAUCAAGUGAGACAAUGGGAAUUAGAAUUAGAGUAAAAGCUUUGAAAUAAAUAGUAAAAACAUAUAUAUCAAAUAUAGAAUUAGAGUAUUUAGCCUAAUUGUUGGCAUUUCAGGAUGUUGACUAAUUCAGACAGUUUAUGUAAUAUUUUGAACUUGUAAGAUUUGAUGAAACCUUGACAUAUUUAUUAACCAAACAAAGUAUAAAUGCCUUUGAUAAUAUUAAUUUCGAUAAGAUUAAUGAGUGA